CGGAAGCCAGGACGUUCUCUCCCCGGGGGAGGGUGUGGUGUCAGGCAGCCUCAGGGUUUCAGGCGAGGCCGGGGAUGCGCGGCCUGGCGCGGGCCGGGCCGGGCGCGGGGGAGGUGACGGGCGGACCCAGAUCCGGGGUAAUUUGCAUCGCCCUCCCCCCAGUCCGGGUGGGGAUUGGCCGGGCGGCGGCGGAGGGUGGCGCGGGGCCGGGCUCAGCGUCGCCCGCCGGGGCUCGGAGCCGUCAGCCCGCCGCAGCCAUCAUCACGGUCGCUGGGGCCCGCGCGCCGCCCGGGCAGGAGGUGUGGGUGCGGAAAAUGGCUGGUGGCGUGGACGGCCCCAUUGGGAUCCCGUUCCCGGACCACAGCAGCGACAUCCUGAGUGGCCUGAAUGAGCAGAGGACGCAGGGCCUGCUGUGCGAUGUGGUCAUCUUAGUGGAGGGCCGGGAGUUCCCCACACACCGCUCAGUGCUGGCCGCUUGCAGCCAGUAUUUCAAAAAGCUCUUCACGUCAGGUGCCGUGGUGGACCAGCAGAAUGUGUACGAGAUCGACUUUGUGAGCGCUGACGCGCUGACCGCACUCAUGGACUUCGCCUAUACGGCCACCCUCACGGUCAGCACAGCCAAUGUGGGUGACAUCCUGAGCGCCGCCCGCCUGCUCGAGAUCCCCGCUGUGAGCCAUGUGUGCGCCGACCUCCUGGACCGCCAGAUCCUGGCAGCCGACGCUGGAGACGCCGGACAGCUGGACCCAGUAGGCCAGACUGACCAGCGCAACCUGCUCCGCGCCAAGGAGUACCUGGAGUUCUUCCAGAGCAACCCCAUGAACAGCCUGCCUGCCGCCGCAGCCGCCAGCUUCCCAUGGUCCACCUUUGGUGCCCCUGACGAUGAACUGGAUGCUACCAAAGAGGCCGUGGCCGCUGCUGUGGCCGCUGUGGCUGCGGGCGACUGCAACGGCUUAGACUUCUAUGGACCAGGCCCACCGACUGAGAGACCCCCGGCAGGGGACGGGGACGAGGGGGACAGCAACCCCGGCCUGUGGCCUGAGCGGGAUGAAGAUGCGCCUGCUGGGGGUCUUUUCCCAACCCCUGUUGCCCCGCCCACCACCACACAGAAUGGCCACUAUGGUCGGGCCGGGGACGAGGAGGCAGCUUCACUGUCUGAGGCGGCCCCGGAACCCGGGGACUCACCUACCUUCCUGUCUGGCACAGCCGAGGGUGAGGAUGGGGAUGCUGCUGAUGUGGACGGGCUGGCGGCAAGCACGCUGCUGCAACAGAUGAUGUCGUCAGUAGGCCGUUCCGGGGACAGCGACGAGGAGUCACGGGCAGACGACAAAGGCGUCAUGGAUUACUACCUGAAAUACUUCAGCGGCGCCCACGAGGGGGAUGUGUACCCAGCCUGGUCGCAAAAGGGUGAGAAGAAGAUCCGGGCCAAGGCCUUCCAGAAGUGCCCCAUCUGUGAGAAGGUGAUCCAGGGCGCUGGCAAGCUGCCCCGGCACAUCCGCACGCACACGGGCGAGAAGCCUUACGAGUGCAACAUCUGCAAAGUCCGCUUCACCAGGCAGGACAAGCUAAAGGUCCACAUGAGAAAGCACACCGGCGAGAAGCCGUACCUGUGCCAGCAGUGCGGGGCGGCCUUUGCGCACAACUACGACCUGAAGAACCACAUGCGUGUGCACACGGGGCUGCGGCCCUACCAGUGCGACAGCUGCUGCAAGACCUUUGUCCGCUCAGACCACCUGCACAGACACCUCAAGAAAGACGGCUGCAACGGGGUUCCCUCCCGCCGAGGCCGCAAGCCCCGAGUGCGCGGUGCACCCCCUGACGUCCCGGCUGGGGCUCCUGUGCCCCCCGGGGUCUCUGACGCCCCUCGAAACGGUCAGGAGAAGCACUUUAAGGACGAGGAGGAGGAGGAGGACGAGGCUAGCCCUGACUCGGGCCGCCUGAAUGUAGCGGGCAGCGGCGGCGGAGAGGACGGCACAGGUGGCCCUGAGGUGGCUGCCACCGAGGGUAACUUCGCAUCCGGACUUGCAUAAAACAAAAACAAACCAAAAACAACAGAGAGAGGACAGACAUCCCCAGAUAGAGAGAGCAGGAUUACGCCACCCACCCCCAGCACCACAAAACAAGAAAUUCUCUAUAUAAGAUACUAUCUAUCUAUCUAUCUUAUCUACACACAGGAUAUAUAUAUAUAUAAUGUCUCUAUAUAUAUAUAUCGAAGGCUGUCACAGGCGAGCGCCUGCUGUCCUCAUGAUGUGUGUCCCCCUACAGGGACCCCACCACCCCGCUCCUGCGUCCGCAGCCCUCUCUGCUGUGGGGUCCUGGGACUGAGCACAGGGGCCCUGUGGGGCUCAGGGAGCCUGGUCUCCCCGAUCCGAGGCCCUGGCCCUGGGGUCCCUUCCACCUGCCCCUGGCUGGGGUGAGGGUGACUCGGGGAUGCAUCCCCAACUCUUGGCUGGUUGGUUUGUAGGGGUCUCUCAGACAGACCUUAAAUGUUUUCUGUCCACUGGGAGUGGACGUUAAAAUGGUCCCCAGCCCCCCACCCUCCUUCCUCAGGGCACUUACUAAAAAAGGGGGGGUGUCCCCUUGCUGUUCCUGCCGGCCUCCCUGUCUCCCAUCCUUGCCUGUGGCCUCACACCUCUGCACACCCCACCCUGGCCUCCACUGAGACACAAAAUCUAUUUAUUCCCAAGCCUGGAUGGAUGGAGCCGGGACUUGGGGGACUGCAGGGGUUUCCGGGGGACCCCAGGGUCUCCGCCACCUUUCACGGCGCUUACAUCUGGCGGGGCCCUUGGGGCCACUGCUCAGGGCGACCCCCACCCCCAAUCCUCCCAUCUGCGCCACUCCAGAACCUCCAUGUUCAGAUUCAAAACUUUUAUCUUGACCCUGUGCCCCACUUUUUAAAGCACUUUUUAGAUCCUCCCUCCCUUUCCUCCUUAAAGACAAAAUUUAUAUAUAGAUAUAUAUAUAUAUAGAGAGAGAGAUAUAUAUAUAAAAAAAUAUUCUUUUCCUCAGAGGAGCCGGCAGGGGUUUUGGGGGGAUGCAGCCAGAACUGGAGGGAACCCCUAGGGACUUGGCAGGCAAGGAUGGGGGAGCAAGUGAGGGAGGCCACAGCUUAAUUUCACAAACAGCAAUAAAACCCCAAUGUUUUAUUAAACAGGAAGAACGAAACAACAAACCAGGCCACCAGCCGUAUUGGGGGGACCUUGGCACUUUGUAACAGAACGGGUACUUUAAUUCUUAAUUUAAAAAAAAUGUUUACAAGUUGCA